AUGGAGUCAGAUCAACGAGGCAGCUUAGACAUCACUACGCAAACUGACCCAAAUGUGAAUAACAGCAAAGUGGCUGAAAACAAGUACAACAACGAUGGGCCUCAUUCCAAAGAGAAGGUUGAGACCUCUCCUGGAGACUCUGAAAGCAAUACAGCCGUCCCGCCGCUACAGACCGAUGAUGAGACCCCAACUCAUCAGUACGCGACACCACGAGAGCUCAGUCUACUGUCAACAGUGUUCACUAUUGCCACCUUCAUGAUAGCAAUAGAUGGAAGUAUCCUUGCGACUGCCAUCCCGAAGAUCACUAGUGAUUUCCGUCGACUCGAUGAUGUGCCUUGGUAUGGAAGCGCCUAUCUCCUAACAGAAAUGGCAUUCCAGCCCACCUUCGGUCGUUUGUAUACCCUGUUUGAUGCUAGGAUUCUCUAUCUGGUAUCCAUCAUAAUAUUCGAAGCUGGCACAAUUCUUUGCGCCGCUGCACCAAAUUCGGCAUCAUUGAUCACCGGAAGAGUGAUAUCUGGAGCUGGAGCUGCUGGGCUUCUCUGCGGAAGUCUGGCAGUGUAUGGACGGUCAGUUCCCCUGCGGGCUAGGCCGUUCGGGAUGGCCCUCGUCACGAGCAUGUAUGGCAUCGCGGGAGUGCUAGGCCCGACCCUUGGAGGGCUGAUCACAGAUACGCCUCGGUUGACUUGGCGGUUCUGCUUUUGGAUAAACCUGCCCGCCGGAGCCGUGACCUUUGUGAUCGCAUUCAUGAUUUUGAAAGCAAAGACACCUGUCCAUGGGAAGCUCUCACUGCGUGAGAAACUGAAGCGACUUGACCUGCUCGGUAGCUUCCUGCUCAUAGCAGGGCUGGUGUCACUUUUCUUCGCACUGCAAUGGGGCGGGACUAGAUACCCAUGGUCCGAUCCGAGGGUCUACGCAUGCAUAGUGGUCUUUGGAAUACUCGCGUCGGCAUUUGGAGUGCUACAGGCAACCAAGAAAGAAGAGGCUACUAUCCCCACGCGUAUCCUUUCGCAACGCACUGUGGCAAUCAGCUGCGUCUUCAACAUGCUCAUGUCCAUGGCGCACAAUACGCACAUGUAUUACUUGGCGUUCUACUUCCAAGCUGUACUGGGGACCAAUGCUGUGACUUCAGGCGUGCGCUGUCUCGCAUACGGAAUCCCGUGCAGCAUCGCAAUCAUCAUCACGGGCGCAUGCAUCAGCUCCAAAGGCCACUACGUCCCCUUCAUGUGGCUGGGGUCAAGCAUAUUCAUCGCUGGGUGUGUGUUGCUACGCGAACUGGACAGAGGUUCUUCGACAGGAGAAUGGCUUGGCUUCCAGAUCCUCAGCGGAGCGGGAAUCGGGCUUGCGGAACAGGUCCCAUUCAUCGCGGUGCAGGUGGUCCUCCCCGACGAUGACAUGCCAACCGCCUGUGCCCUGGUCGUCUUCUUUCGUUUAUUCGGCGGCGCAGUGGGGCUCAGCAUCGCUUCUAACCUCUUCUCCGGGGAGCUCUUCCGGCGACUGGCGAGAGCGCCGGCAGGGAUCGAUGCCAAAACCAUACGGGAUGCGGGCGCAGCGGAUCUGGCUAAAGCGGUACCGGCGGCUGCGUUGCCGUUAGUCCAGAGGGCUUUCAGUUAUGCCGUCUCCAGGGCCUUUGUUCUGCCUAUCGUUGUGGCGAGCAUGUCGUUGGUUCUGAGCUUCGGGAUGCAGAGACGAUGGAUUCCGGACGACCGAGUGCAGCCGGCUCAAGGAGAUGAAUCUGCUGUGACUAUUGAGACGGCUGGAGCUACGGAUUUGGAUCAGAGGCAAAAUGAAAAGACCGUUUAG